GAUCGCCUGAGUCAUUCGCGGACUCCGGCAAGGCUGGGGCGGCUGCAAGUCGCCGAGCAGCUGGAGGAUCCGGACGGGACGGGACUGGAGCGCCAUGGAGAGCUGGGGCGCCUGGCGAGCCUUCCUCGCCCUCUGCCUCCUGGCAGCAACGAGAGGUGAACUCUGUAAAGUGAACCAGUGUCAGAACGGAGGAACGUGUAUCACGGGCGCCGACAGCUCUCCUUUCUUCUGCGUCUGUGCCGACGGCUUCACUGGGAUCGCUUGCAAUGAAACGGAGACAGGCCCGUGCCACCCAAAUCCCUGCCAGAACAACGGCGUGUGCCAGAUUGUCCCGGGUCGGGGAGAUGUUUUCACUGAAUAUGUCUGCCAGUGCCCUUCAGGGUAUGAAGGCAAACACUGCCAGAACAAAUCCUCCUCCUUUUCAGCCUUAGACAUGGACGAAUGUGCUUCGCAGCCAUGCCAGAACGGAGGAAUCUGCUUGGAUCUGGAAAGAGACUAUUCUUGCAAAUGUGCUCCGCUGUACUUGGGGAAGACCUGCAGCAUCCGUUGUGCCAGUGCCCUGGGCAUGGAGUCAGGCGCCAUUGCAAACACUCAACUCACGUCGUCAUCUGUGCAUUACGGCUUCCUUGGCUUGCAGCGCUGGGGUCCAGAUCUUGCUCGCCUGAAUAAGAAGGGCCUUGUGAAUGCCUGGACCUCGAGCAAUUAUGACAGGAGUCCCUGGAUUCAGGUCAACCUGCUGAGGAAGAUGAGGAUUUCCGGCAUUUCCACACAAGGGGCGAGUCGCGUCGGCCGGCAGCAAUACGUCCGAGCCUACAAAAUAGCCUACAGUUUGGAUGGACGGGAGUUUUUGUACUUCAAGGAUGAAAGACAAGAUCUCGAAAAGGUUUUCGAAGGCAACGUGAACAAUGACGUCUCAGUGACCAAUCUGUUUAAUCCGCCGAUCACGGCCCACUACAUCCGUGUCUAUCCUGUGGUCUGCCGGCGAGCUUGCACGUUGCGCUUCGAGCUAAUUGGCUGUGAAAUGAAUGUGUAUUUCAACAUGGCAGGUUGCUCGGAGCCCCUGGGCAUGAAAUCCCACCGCAUCUCUGAUGAGCAGGUCACGGCCUCCAGCGUGUACAAGACGUGGGGCAUCGAUGCUUUUACUUGGCAUCCGCACUUCGCUCGCCUUGACAAGACGGGGAAGACCAAUGCCUGGUCUGCCCUCACCAAUGGGGCGGGAGAAUGGCUUCAGAUCGACCUUAAGAAAGAGAAACGGGUGACCGGAGUCAUCACGCAAGGGGCUCGUGACUUUGGGCAUAUCCAGUAUGUGGCUUCCUACAAGGUGGCCUCCAGCAGUGACGGAAACUCCUGGACGCUGUAUAGGGACAGCAGAACAAAUAGCACAAAGAUAUUUGAAGGUAACUCUGACAACUACUCGCACAAGAAGAACGUAUUCGACGUGCCCUUGCACACCCGCUUUGUGCGCAUCCUCCCUGAAUCGUGGCACAACCGCAUCACGUUGCGGGUGGAGCUGCUGGGGUGUGACGAGUAAACCCUCUCUGGGUGAGGAACUAUGGAGUGAAGAACCCACCUGAGUUUCCUUGUCCUUUCUCUGGACCUGCACACUUUUCAUUGCUGCGUCUGCUUUGCCACGUCAUGCCCCAGGGAAGGUCGAUUCAAAUCUCGUGUCACUUCAGGACCUGGGGCGUUGGGAGCAUUGCCUGGCCAGCAGCUGCUGGAACCCAAAAGUUUUCUAAGUUUCCUUUUCUUCCAGACCUUCCUGGUUUUGCACCUGUUUGCAAACCUGAUGUGAUGACCCAGGCUCUUUUAUGUGUGUGCGUGUGCGAGGGGUGUGUGUCUCUAACACUGCCUCACCAUGGUCCCCUGGCUUUCUGGGGGUCUUCAGCAACACAUUUUAAGAGCUGCUCUGUGCAAUUGUCAUUCCUUCAUCCCGAGGAAUUUGGGGAACCGUAGUUCUGGGAGUGGAAGUCAGGGCUCCCGAGUGGCGAGGUCUCGGCACACUCUUCAGAACUGCAGCCCCCAGGAGCCUUUAAAGGAAGCCACGUGGCUUAAACCAGUAUAAAAUUAGCACAUGUUUGUAGUCAAGGUGCAACCUAAGAUGCAAAUGGAUCGGUAUGCACUCUGUGCACAAAUUUUGCCGUCCGUACCCUUUUGCUAUUGAAGCCGAUUUGCAUAGUUUUACAUAAUUUAUUCUGCUUUUAUAAUCGGGGUAGAAGCAAGAAGCUGUACAGAUUUUUGUUUUCCCUCAUGAGAUUUCCCCAGCUUUUGCAUGCCCGCUUUCAAGCUUAUGUUUACUUCCCAAGACCUAGAAACUUGCCUUUUCACAAUGACAACUGAAUCCUUUGCCUAGUGCCCCAUCCUGUGCUUGUUGGGAUACACAUAGGCCUCUUCUGCACAUGCAGAAUAAUGCACUUGCAAUCAAUUUUCACAAUUGUUUGCAAGUGGAUUUUACUAUUCUACACAGUAAAAUUUGGCUGCAAAGUGCAUUGAAAGUGGAUUGAAAGUGCAUUAUUCUGCAUGGGCGGAUAGGGGCCAUAGUCCUGCUGUUAAUCUCCUUUCUCCAAGAUAAGAUUUCUGAAGAUGCCUGACUUGGGAGUGGCCCUAAUCCACUUGCCAUCCAAAACCAGGGAUGCUUCUUGUACCCACAGUGCUUUGCUUCUUGCCACAGCAUCUGUCCGGAGGGUUUCACGGUUUGGUACCCCUGGCACUGGAUGGAGCGUGCUGAAGAAACAGGACUUUGUGAUGACAGAGUUGGGAAAGGAGGACUAUUUUGGACAAGAAGAGUGCUUGUGAAGUGUCCCUGUGGUAGAGGGUGGGUGGGGGUGGGGAGCGUAUGGAACGGGAUGACACAUCUUGCAGUCAGCCAACCUAACCAAAACUGUGUUAGCUCUGUAAGCAAUUAACUUGAACAAUGACAAAAAUUAAAGUCCAAGGAAAAACCCAA